GGACAUUGAAAGUGCCACCAACAGAAGCCAUGCAAUUUCGCCUGAGGUGCAAGUCUUGAUUGCUCUCCGUUAUUUUGCAUCUGGAGCUUUCUUUGAAGUUAUUGGGGACACUUUCGGUGUAGACAAAGCGAGUGUAAGUCGUGUGGUGCACAGGGUGGCUGGCCUGUUAGAUGCUGCACGGGACGAUUUUAUUGUGUGGCCCCAGUCGGUGGAGGAGAGGCGUCGAAUUCAAGCUGGAUUCUAUGCGAUCGCACAUUUUCCCAAAGUAUUGGGAUGCAUCGACGGCACGCACAUCAGAAUAAUAUGCCCCAGUGAGCCACGUCCUGAUGCUGAUCACAUCCCAGAACCAGCCAAUGCUGCUGAGAAUGACCAGGAGAUGCGAGAUGACCAGAUAGGCCUACAUGCUCCUGAUCCUGCACAUGCACCUGCACUGCCCAUGCCUGCAGAUCGCGAAGGCGAAGCCAUGGAAGAAGCAGAACAACCCGCGCAAGUUCCUCCAGCUCCAGCCUACGAAGCAUCUUUUGUAAACAGGAAGGGAUAUCACUCCAUCAACGUGCAAGCAGUGGUUGACGAUAAGGGAAAAUUCACCAAUGUAGUUGCACGUUGGCCAGGGGCAACCCAUGAUGCCUUUAUUUGGAGGAACAGUGACCUUAAAGAGCACCUGGAACUGACAAACCCCAGAGGUGAAGAUGGACUGUUGCUAGGAGAUAGUGGAUACCCUUGUAUGCCGUAUCUCAUCGUCCCGUACGGAGCACCCACAACAGAAGCCCAGCAGAGAUUGAACACUUCCUUAUGUGCCACAAGAGUGAGGAUAGAACAUGCCUUUGGAGUGUUAAAGAGGAGGUUCCAUGUUCUCCAUGGGGAGAUUCGUAUGCAGCCAGACCGUGUAGUUAAGAUCAUCUCUGCCUGUUUUGUCCUGCAUAAUAUUGCAAAGAUGAGAGGAGAACGUGACCCCCGGCCAGAAGACGACGACAGUGAUGACGAAGAAGAUGAUGAAGAUGAUGAUGAGGAGUAUGCUGGCCCAAACUCUGGCAGUGUUUACAGGGACUACCUCGCCAAUCGCUACUUUGCUUAAUUGACUGUGAUCCACUGCAACCUGAGUGAGGGGAUAUAUCAAAACAGUGGAAGCUACAGCCAGUGAAUUUUCCAAUUUCAAACUUAAAAACUAUAACUAUAUGUAUUGCAUAAUCAACACUCGCGUAAGAAAUAUACCAUAACAUUUUCAUCAUGUCACUGACACUGUAGCUUCUAAUUUUGAUACAUUCCCUUUGUGUUUUAAAUAACUUGAUAUUUACUAUAUAUUUACUAUUUAAUAUAUUUAAUAUUUAAAAAAUUCAAAUCCUAUAAACAUAGAUACUAUUUACACAUAAAUUUACAGUUCAAUGCCCGACAGACCCAAGAACUCCUUUUCCUUCAGCAGAGCAAUCUCCAGCUGUAGCUUUUCUAUUCGAAGGCCAGCCUCUUUCUGAAGAACUUCCUGAGUACGUGUUGUGGCCUUCUGCGUAACAAGAGUUGCCUCAAGGACCUCAAGCUGCAUGUUAAAUACAUCCUGCUGAGUCUUCUGUCGGCACAUGGCGUCUGUCAGCAGACCCUUCGCAUGUGCUUUCCUGGCACCUAGGAGAGAAUGAAACAAAUUAUGACG